GAGAGAGAAGUAGUGGUGGUGCCGCUGUGUCGUGGUGGUGCACCUACCGGCGCGGAUUCUGAAGGCAACGCGUUCCUCUGGAGGCGCUCAGGAGACAGUCAAGAUCCAUCGCCGCCCGGAGAUGUCGGAAAGUCAAGGUGAGGCGAGGACGUGAGGGUUGAUCCGAUGAAUGGGGCCGAGCUCUGACAAAGUUUUCACCCGGGGGCGAUCAUGACAGGAACAUACCGGAGAUCGGUGAGUACAGAAAGCGCGUACGAAGAUGAGGAGCAGUUCGCCAGGGGCAGCGCAACCCCUGGUGAAGACAUCGCCGGUGAAGAGGAUAACGGUUCAAAUGGAGGUGGCACGAACAACUUUCCUUUGAGAAUGGCAUCCGACACAACGAGGGGUCGAAUCACCUCCGUCGCCGGCGGUUUCCUACGAGGCUCCGCCGGACAGCAUGUGAACUUCGACCCCGAGGCACCUCCACCGCCGCCGACGCAUAUCGUACAGACAACCUGUCUGCUCGAACGACCGGAAGUUGACAAGAAAGUCAAGGUAAGUGAACAUAAAGCCACCGAAGUCAUUUUGAGAAGAUACACAGCGCACAUGGAGACAGCCGAAUGCGGGGACAGUAGAAACACAGAAUACAGACGAAUGCUCCAAAAAGCCCAGGAGGCCGACAUUAACAUUAACUGCGUGGAUCCUCUCGGACGAUCGGCCCUUCUCAUGGCGAUCGAUAAUGAAAAUCUAGAGAUGGUGGAGCUUUUAAUAGAGCACAAGGUCGAUACUAAGGAUGCACUCCUUCACGCUAUCUCCGAGGAAUUCGUUGAGGCGGUGGAGGUCCUUCUAGAGCAUGAGGAGAGUCUUCAUAGAAAUGGCGAGCCGCAUAGCUGGGAGGCUUUGCCUCCUGAUACAGCCACGUUCACGCCCGACAUCACGCCGUUGAUCCUGUCGGCCCACAGGGACAACUACGAAAUUAUAAAGAUUCUCCUGGAUCGUGGAUCCACUCUGCCGAUGCCACACGACGUUCGCUGUGGAUGCGACGAGUGCGUGACAUCGAGGAUGGAGGAUUCCUUGAGACAUUCGAGAAGCCGAAUAAACGCCUAUCGGGCGUUGGCGUCACCGUCCUUGAUAGCACUGUCGUCUAAGGAUCCCAUCCUGACUGCUUUCGAGCUCUCCUGGGAACUUCGACGACUUUCGUUCUUGGAGCACGAAUUCAAGUGCGAAUAUCAGGAGCUUCGAAGACAGUGCCAAGAUUUCGCGACUGCUUUGCUGGACCACACUAGAAGUUCCUAUGAGCUCGAAGUCCUGCUGAAUCACGAUCCCACGGGACCAGCUUUUGAGCAUGGAGAGAGGAUGCAUCUCAACCGUUUAAAAUUAGCCAUUAAGCUGAGACAGAAGAAGUUCGUGGCGCAUCCUAACGUGCAGCAGCUACUGGCAUCGAUCUGGUACGAGGGUCUGCCGGGGUUCCGAAGGAAGAAUAUGUUCCUCCAGGCGCUGGAGAUCGUCAGGAUCGGCGUCCUUUUCCCCUUCUUCAGCGUAGCGUACAUCAUCGCGCCGCACAGCAUGGUCGGCCAAACCAUGAGGAAGCCGUUCAUCAAGUUCAUCUGUCAUUCCGCGUCGUAUUUCACUUUUCUAUUCAUGUUAAUUCUGGCUAGUCAACGGAUAGAGAGCGUGAUCGGUAAUUGGAUGGGGCACGAUGUCGUGGAGCACGAACCAGCGCCGACAAAAAGGGGUGCCGCGCCAACGAUCGUGGAAUGGUUCAUAUUAGCCUGGGUGUCGGGGUUGAUUUGGUCGGAGGUGAAACAAUUGUGGGACGUGGGCCUGGAGGAGUACGUGAACGAUAUGUGGAACGUGAUCGACUUCGUAACGAACUCGCUAUACGUAGCCACGGUGGCGCUCAGGGUUGUAGCUUACUACAGGGUGCAAAAGGAGAACGAGGACCUGGCACCGGGAACGGUCGAGCUUCAGCGUGAGCAGUGGGACACUUGGGAUCCGAUGCUCAUCUCCGAGGGCCUCUUCUCGGCCGCGAACAUCUUCAGUUCGCUAAAGCUCGUCUACAUAUUCUCCGUGAAUCCUCAUCUCGGUCCUCUGCAAGUUUCUCUGUCGAGGAUGGUCAUGGACAUUAUGAAAUUCUUCUUCCUCUACGUGCUGGUUCUCUUCGCUUUCUCGUGCGGUCUCAAUCAACUUCUCUGGUAUUACGCCGACAUGGAGAAGAAACGAUGUCACACAGCGUAUCCUAAUGCUAACAUCACUACCGAUUCCAACGCGUGCAUCGUUUGGCGUCGAUUCGCAAAUUUGUUUGAGACAAUACAAACACUCUUUUGGGCGGUCUUCGGUUUGGUGGACCUCGAGAGCUUCGAAUUAGAUGGCAUCAAGGUGUUUACCAGAUUCUGGGGUAUGUUGAUGUUCGGCACGUAUUCGGUUAUUAACAUCGUCGUCCUCCUGAAUCUUCUGAUCGCCAUGAUGAAUCAUUCCUAUCAACUAAUCUCGGAACGCGCCGACGUCGAGUGGAAGUUCGCGAGGAGCAAACUUUGGAUCAGCUAUUUCGAGGAGGGUGGUACCGUCCCGCCGCCGUUUAACAUCAUACCGACCCCGAAGAGCGCCUGGUACGUCGCACAGUGGCUGUAUCGGAAGCUCUGUGGACACAGCAGGGCGGCUAAGAAGGAACACAUGCGAACAAUCAGGCGAAAGGUCAAGCAAGCUUCCGAGCGGGACUUUAGGUAUCAGAGCAUCAUGAGAAAUUUGGUAAGACGCUACGUCACCGUCGAGCAACGCAAGGCGGAAGGCGAGGGCGUCACGGAGGACGACGUGAACGAGAUCAAACAGGACAUCAGUGCGUUUCGUUGCGAGCUCAUUGAAAUAUUGAAGAACUCCGGCAUGAACACUUCCACCGCGGCGAGCAGCGGUACCGACGAUUGCCUUAAAGAGCUGUCCGUAGGUGCGGGUGGCAAGAAGAAUCGCCAGAAAGAGCGGCGUUUGAUGAAGGGAUUCAACAUCGGGCCGCAACCAGGCGGAAGCGGCACCCUGCCCCCUGUGGCCGAGUUCAUCGCGUCUCUUCAACAAGCACAGCAGGAGAACUCCCAUCCUGACUUAUUCGGCUCGACUCUGAGCGGCAUAUUCGGGCCGGGCACGACUCCGAAGAAGAGCCCACAUCACAUCAGCACUAAUAGUGUGCCUGGUCUGGCCACCGCGCCUCGACAAAACCGCGGCACGAGAAGUAGCUCUCGAAAGAAACGCUGGGGUACUCUGAUCGAGGCCGCGAAAUCUGGAAGAGUUUCCAGACUGAUCGGUAGAUCUCGUUCGGAGGACUCGGUGUACUCGCCGGCGUCCGAGGACGGCGGGACGCGGUCCGAGGGCUCCUCGGAUUCGAAGUCCUCCUUGGAGGGUGCCAGUCACGAUAUACAAAGCACGCAACAUCCCCAUCACUCUCACUCUCAUCACGCGCACCAUCACGAGGCGCAUCACAUGUUUGCCCACGGUCUGGGCCCGGCUCUGGCCGCCCUGAGGAAGAAGCGCAAAAAGUUCUCCGCCUCGAGGUUGUCCACCCCCGCGAUGACCAGCAGCACCAAUACGAAUCCCGCGGACUCGAGCGCGACGUCCUCGGUCGCCACCGUCUUGGCAUGCAGGGUUUACUCGAAAAAGCAGCUGCAACGCGCCAGCAGCGUGCCCACCCGGGGCCCCGAAUUAACGCCACAAUCGUCAAUAACGUUGUCACGACGGCACGAGGUCACGCAGAGCCAGCAGCCUAGCCUCGACGUCGUCGAGAUCGCCAUCAGCGAGCGUAUCAACGCGCAGCAAGGUGUCGUCGUUCCGCUGACGCCGUCGACCACCGAGGAGAGCGUCGUGGCGAGCGGCUCGACGUCGAUCACGGCGAAGCGAAACGGAUCGGCGACGCAGCUGCAACGUCUUCCCGGUAUCGAGCCGAUUUCCGGCCACGACGUGUCCGCCGGCUGGCUCUGAGGAAACGGAUGUGUCGCCGACGGGCGGCGGCCGACCAGCUGACACAGGAAACACCAGUCGGAACUCAGCUUCGAGCUUCGUUUACAACGGCCAUGAGGCUAGAACGACGUCGACGACGAUCGUGCUCGCACAUGCACGUGCACGCACGCACGCACGCACGCACGCACGCACGCACGCACGCAUGCACGAUCGUCCCGACAUCGGCAGACGCACAAUGAUGCCUUCCUCGCGACGCGACGCGUCGCGUCGCGCCAUGCCGAUUAAACGUAAGACCGACGUCGAUCGGGAAUCUCGAAGGAACCCUGUCUUUCAUCGGAGUCUAUAUAUUCUCUUCCUUUUUUUGCGAAUCCUUUUAAUAUUCUUUCAUUACGAACGCUUCUUCUUCCAUGAGAUGAUUGCCAGUUCAGAUUAUUGGUACGUUGUAUUUAUUAAGAAUUAUUUCUGUCCCUAUACACAUAUUUAUUUUUAUAUUUUAUGUUAAGGUAAAUGUUCCAGUAAUCAUGACAUGUAACAAUGCGGAACCAAGAUUGUUGAAUUUUUGUUAAGAUUCACGAUAUAAUUUUUUUUUAAACGUUAAUUUACAUAAUAUUUAAAAUAG